UCACUCUCCCUUAUUUAUUCCUGCAACAACUUCUUCCAUUACAAUAAUCCCACACUUAUUUUCUACUCACCAUUAAUAUCCUGCAAGCAAGUGAAGCAACAGAAUCCUCUCUAUUUAAAUCUGAAAAAACUCCUACUAUAUCAAAAAGGAAAGGGACAAACUCAUCAGAAGUACCCAUUUCUCUAAAGCUACAAAAUUUCUCUUUCUUCACCUUUCAUUAACACCAACUCUGUCAACUCUGAUGAAGAUUCUAAUUAAGCACCCGGCAUGUAUUUUCCUCAUCUCCUUAGUUUCCUUCUCGUCCGCUGGAAUUGAUUUGUACUUUGUGUAGCACUGAGGCAUUUCAGUUUUAAUGUGAGGAGGCUAUAAGAAGGGAUGUUUGUGUUUGGGUAGAGCAUUCAGUACCAAAGGGCUAUAUAUCUCUUCUAGCUUCUCGUUUGGUUGGCUAUUGAGGUAUUUUAGCUCAGAUUUCUGCCUUUUUCUUGUCAUCACAUGGCUUCAUCAAACAGACACUGGCCUAGCAUGUUCAAGUCCAAGCCCUGCAACUCUCACCACCACCAAUGGCAGCACGAUAUCACCCCAUCAUCUCUGCUAUCAUCUGCUUGCCACAGAACCCCUUGCGCUUCAGUUCCUGGAUGUGAAGAGCGAAGUUCAGAGCCAAAGCCAAGAUGGAACCCAAAGCCUGAGCAAAUUCGGAUAUUAGAAGCAAUAUUCAAUUCUGGCAUGGUGAAUCCACCAAGAGAUGAGAUAAGGAAGAUCAGAGCUCAAUUACAAGAGUAUGGUCAAGUUGGCGAUGCCAACGUUUUUUACUGGUUCCAGAACAGAAAAUCAAGAAGUAAACACAAGUUGAGACACCUCCAAAACUCAAUGCAACAAACGCAUCAAGCCCCUUCCGUUACCACAUCAAUACCUACCCUCACAGCACCUUCUUCUUCUCCGUCAUCUUCCUCAGAGAAAUCCUCUCCAAAAGCCUCUCAAGGAACUCUAUCUUUGACCACUCCGACUGUUGUUGAUAUAUUCAAUUCGCCAACCGGUUCAGUGAAUCAGACCUAUUUUCAAGCUCAUAAUGAAUUCGUGCCUGAACCCUUUUUCUUCCAAGCUCACCAGACUGGAGCAGGAGGAGGAGCUAGGCCUUUAACACAAGGGUUUUGCUUCUCUGAUCUACCAAAUCUGGUUCAAGUUCAAGAUAAUACAGUUGGGCCUUGCACUAGCCUUCUGCUGAGUGAGAUAAUGAGUUCUGAAGCUUCAAAAAAAUAUCUUUAUCAUGAAGACAAGAACUUGAAGAUACAACCACGCCUUAGUUACCCUGUCACGGCUCCAAUUUCUCACUGCAUCGGUUUUGCUCCUCUACCUCUUCCUACUACUCAUCCUAAUAAUGUCACUGUUCCAUCUACUAUCAGCCAAAUUCAAGGAGAGUCGGCUUCUGUGGGUUCCAGUGGCGCAGUGAGAUCAACGGUGUUUAUCAAUGAUGUUGCAUUUGAAGUGGGAGUAGGGCCAUUCAAUCUGAGGGAGGCAUUUGGUGAUGAUUUUGUGCUGAUUCACUCAUCUGGUCAGCCUGUUCUCACCAAUGAGUGGGGUGUCACUUUCCACUCUCUCCAGCGUGGAGCAUCCUACUAUUUGGUACCCAUUUCCAUGAACGAACAUAUUUGAAGGUGGAAAUCUUAGGAUGUGGGCUAGCUAGCUUAUGGUUCCUGUGCUUCUCUUUCUUUCAUAUCUCUCUUGGCCUAGGGUUUGAAUAUUAGGUUUGCAGCUAUUUAUAUAUGGAUCUUAGAACUUGUGGACCAAUGUAUUGUCUUUCUUGUUAUAAUAUAUUUGAAAGCAAUACUAAAUGGAAUAUGCUUAUCUAC